AUGAUUUCCUUGCAUAUGCCUCUUUGCCUCGUCUCUACCCAAGUACAACCAACUGCGCACAAAUUUGGACCCCAAAGAGUGUUCGCUGAGCCAAGCGACAAUGCAUGGUAUGCAACCUCGAAUAUGCGACGACAUGCCACAUUUCGUAAGCAUGGGGCUUGUACAUGGAUUCAGAUCCUUGACAGAAGUAUUCGUGCUUCUACAACUCUUCUUUCAGGACAUGAUGCAGCCAUUUCUUUACAUGCGAUGAUGAGUUCACUGAAUGUGGCAGUUGAGAAAGACACAGCCAAGUGUUACAUCGGCGUCUGCCAGUUAUCGUUAGCACAAGCAAAUGAAAUUGUACAACGAACGAAGGCAAAAGAAGGCGGACAGUUAUUCCCUCUCUUUUCACACCUUGCUGCCUAA